UCAAGAUGGCGAAGGACCUGGAUGAACUCCUGGAUGAAGUCGAGACCAAAUUCUGCAGGCUCGACCCGCGGAGGCUGGGCCUGGGCGAGCGGCCCAAAGGCGGCGGCGGCGGCGGCACCCACAGCGGCGAGCGGAGCCGAGCCCAGGAGAAAGAGAAUCUCAGGUCAACAGAAACCUGUAAAAAAGAAGAUGACCUUGACAGUCUUAUUAAUGAGAUAUUUGAGGAGCCUAACUUUGACAAAAAAUCUUUUCAAAAAAUUAAAUCUAAAUCUUCAAGUAACACAUCUGUCAGAGCUUCCAUUCAAGGCUUCAGUAAAAGCUGCAGUCCAGUGUAUCUCAGUGGAAGCGCCAUUCCAUGUGGGAUUGGAACAAAUACUUCACAGAGAGCAUGUGACCGACUGCGUUGUGUAGCCUGUGAUUUCCGGAUAGUGAUCUACAAUGACUAUAUGUGGGACAAGUCAUGUGAUUACCUGUUCUUCAGAAACAACAUGCCGGAAUUCCACAAACUAAAAGCAAAGUUGAUCCAGAAGAAAGGAGCACGGGCGUAUGCCUGCCAGUGUAGCUGGAGAACGGUUGAAGAACUGACUGACCUGCAGGCAGAUCAUCAGCUUCGCUGGGUUUGUGGUAAACACUGAGAAGGCAGACCACGCACAUUCUAAGCAGCACCUAUGAGAGCUAGCCCCAUUACCACGCUUGGGUAUCAGUACACAGCGGGGCUGUGCCCUUGGGGAAAAGGCAGUGAGUUUUGUGUAACUACACAAAUCCAAAUCGUUGGAGACCAAAUGGACUGACACCACGACAGUGCUCUUUGGACAUGGGCGUUUCACUCAGUAGGAAUAUCUGAAUUUACUAGCCUAUCUCUAGUUAGGGGUUGAAAUUGUGGCGUGUAUGCGAACUUACAGCCUUUCCGUAGCAACUGUAGCUCUGAUUGCUAAAGCUCUCACACAUUCCUCGGGUGUCGCCGCGAACAAGCACCCAGCUGCCAGGGCAGAGAGGUCAUUGGAUGUAAGUGUUCAUGGUUCCUGCUCUGAUCCGUGGUUACCAGAGACCACAAGUUAAACAUGAGAAAGAAGCAGAUGGCCAUCAUGAACUGGAGGGUUGUCAAGAGUACAGUACGUUGUAAACCCUGCCUGUAUGUAUCACAUCUUGUCUCACCAGCGCAGUUCAGUAUUGUGCACAGUAGUAAUAGUAAUGGUAAUGUUGCCAUGUUUAGCAUACUCUCUCCUUUGCUCAUUGAAAUAUCGAAAGUUAGUUUUCUGUUAGCAAAUAUCUAUUUAUAUAUAAAAGUUUUUGAUGUAACUAAAAUUACUAAAGUCCUUCAAAUAAGUAGGACUAUUGUUGGAUUUUACAAGUAUACUCCAUAAUUCCAUCAAAUGAGCAGCAACCCUUUCAGGCAACCUGUGGCUUUCUAGCACUAUCAGGCUGAUCCAUCAUUUAUUGAGGCAGAGCUAACCAGUGGGUAGCCUGUUGGGCUCCUGCCUGUUAUCACUGAGAUGGGAGGGACUCUAUCAUAGUAACAUGUUCAAGAAAUGCAUUGUCUCUGUUUCACCUCCCAGCCCCAUAGAUAUUUCAGGGCCUUCCUAGUCUGCCCAAAUUCUCCUCUGUGCAUCUACUUCCCGUGUGUCUAUAUUACUCCCUUUAAGUGUGUGACACAGGGCACUCUGAAAGGAUGUACAGUUUAGCACAGAUAGGGUCUGCUUGGUUUUAUGUUAACUCCAUUCCAGCCACCCGACAUCACUCUGAUCGCCAAAAGCCUUUUCCCAGGCUGGGGGUCUGGCUCAGUGUAGAGGGCUUACAUAGCAUGUGCAGGGCCCUGAGUUCGUCCCCGCAGUACAAAACACAAGAACGAAAGAUAGAAAAGCAAGCUUUUCCUGACCAUGGCACAUUUAUGUCUUUGUAAAACUUUGAUCGCAACAAAAGAAAUCUCAAAGUGGCUGAUGCUCGCAUUUUUGUAUUAAGAUAUAUUUACAAGUUUUAUCUUUCAAUAAAUCUUUUUACUCAAAAUUA